AUGGAAAUUAGAGGAGAGUUGUCUCUAUCUUUCCAGGACGUAUGUAAUAUUAAUAAGGAAAUCUCAUCUUCAGGCUUUCAGUUCCAAGAACUCUCCUCCGUUGUUAGAACAAUUUCGAAACCUACUAAUAUGUCAUACCGAAAGUUGAAGACAGAAUUGGAUUUGAAUAAACAUGAUUCCAUCGUUUCCCUUAAGUCUGAAUCUUACGAUCAUAUGGUGUCGCCUGUAAGGUCUAGGAGAGCCAUAAAGGCUCCAUUGAAAUACGAAGAGAGCGGGUCUGAGGAUUCUGGCAGCAGUUUUUCUAAGUCUAAAAGGAUCAAGGGCCUGACGAAUGACAAAUGGACAAUACAAAAGGGUGGAUCCAAGUAUAUAUCUAGAAUUGGGCAACCACGUGGCAUGAAACGUAGAGAACCAUCAAAGGGCGAGAUGAUGUGGCGAAAUGCCUGCCUAAAAAUCCUUCAAUCGCAAAAAAGACAACCGUAUUCCUCACUAUUCAUGCACCGCUCCUUCAACGCAUCACAACAGAUUAAUAUUGAUUUGGAAAUGAUAGAGUCAAAUUUGCAGUCAGGCAAGUAUACUAACCCUUACUGGUGGCAGCAUGAUAUGAGACAGUUGUGUUUCAACAUAUUUGUGAAUUCCAUGCCAGAUCAGGAAAUAUGGCAACAAUCAAAACAAUUCAUAAUUGAUUUUGAAAAUCAAUGUAAAGAGAUUACCAGGGCUAAUCCAUACUACAAGUUUAAUACUAUAGAGGUUGAGCCUAAAGUUAAAACUAUACCCCAACGUGUUAUUCAUCGUAAUAUAAAAAAGAUUGAACAAGUAUUCUAUUCCUCUGAUGAGAGUAACUACUCUGAUUUGGAUAAUUGUAAGGUUAGUAGAUCAAAUUUUGCCCAAGAAAAGAAGAAGAGGCCGGUAAGAUCUCCAGCUAAGAAGACAUCAGCUCCUAAAAAAUCACCAAGUAUUAUGGAUAGCCCUCCAAGAUAUAGCUUCUAUCAAGUCGCUCCGGAAUUUGGGCCCAUAUUGGACCCUCCUGGUAUUCAAAAAAUCAGCUCAAAUGAUAGACCACUUAAUUCAUCCCAGCGUAGAACUCUUGAACACAAUAUGUCAUUAUUGGCACCAAAUCAAAGGAAAGUUGUAUUGGAGCUCAUACAAGAUGAUUUGGGCAUAUUAGCAGAGUCUCAUAUGCAUGAUAAGAAAUUCACGUUUGAUAUAGAGUUGAUUUCUAUUGAAAAGCAGAAAAGAGUUUUUAUGUAUGUAAAUAAGCUGAUUCGUGCCAACUUGGAGAUGAUACAGGGGUCAAAAGGUCAUGGUAAAAGGGAACAUGAAAAUUCGUUUUCGCAGGACUUUUUGAAGCUUAAAUCUGAUAAUAAACUAUCAAAACCCUCCGAAAUAUUUGACAGCUCAUCCUCCUCUUCAUUUUCAUUGAGUGAUUCUGAUAAGGAUGCGUUUGAAGAUUCGGCCAAUUGCAGUAUAUCCUUUUCCCAAACUAAGCAGCCUAGUAGCACUACCUCGAUAGGAAUUUCUAACAUCUACAACACUAUUGAUGCGAAUAAUUCGCACAAAAUAGACCCUUUUAACAACUUUUACGACAAUUCUGGAGAUAGUCAAUUGAAUAUGCUCCCCGAGUACUCACCUGUGACAGAUGAGAGGGAAAAAUUGCAUAUUGGUGACAUUGUGGGAAAAAGUCCUGGAUUUUUUGGAAGUAUACAAAACUUUCAACCUAUACCCACUUCAGCACCAUCAACCAGUUCGGCCUGGCCUGAAUGGAAGGGCCAGGUUAUUCAGCAGGGACUGGUGUCUCAAAAUGGCGUACCGCCUAGAUCCGCCGAUGAAAGGAUAGCAGAAGGAUUUGAUGCACGCAUAUAA